AUGUCUUUACCCCAGCGCUGUGCCCGCCAGCUUCUGAGAGAGCCUUUCCAACGCGGCUCACUACCAAUUUUCCUCGCCCCGGCUUUCUCCCAACCCCGUUCACAAUGCUUCUCGACCACGUCGCCGUCGCAGUCCCGAGUCGGAGGUGCCCCGAUCACAAUUCCCCCGGAGGUGUCAUUCAAGCUCGUCGAUAUCCCUGAAACUCUCACCCGGACUCGCGGAAAGGAUAUUCCCAAGUUUGCCGCCGAGAUCAAGGGCCCAAGGGGCGAGAUGAGCGUCAACAUUCCCUCCUUUUUGACUGUCACCCGUGAUGAGACUGGACAGAAGGCCACCCUGUCGGUUCAAGAUACCGAUAUUCCUCACCAGCGUGCUAUGUGGGGAACCAUCCGCGCACUGAUCCAAAACAACAUCCUCGGUGUUUCCGAAGGUCACGUCUGUGUAUUGAGUAUGGUCGGUGUUGGAUACCGUGCUACCGUCGAAGAGAAGGCCACAACCGUCGAGCCAACCUACCCGGGCCAGAAAUUCGUCUCGCUGAAGGUCGGCUUCUCCCACCCCAUUGAACUCGGCAUUCCCAAGGGCGUGGAAGCCAGCACACCGCAGCCCACCAGAAUUCUGCUCGAGGGUGUCGAUAAGCGGGUGGUGACCCAGUUCGCGGCCGAGAUCAGGGACUGGAGACGCCCUGAGCCUUACAAGGGCAAGGGUAUCUUUGUCAACGGAGAGACGAUCAAGCUCAAGGCCAAGAAGAUCAAAUAG